GCGCCCUUUGCGACCAUGGAAGGAGCACACGAGCAAUGCCCCCCGUUCGUGCCCCUCUCUUGCGCAUUCCGUACACCUCCCCGCUGCCAGCACCCACGAUAAUCCCCCCGAGCGCAGGCACAGCCCCAGGCGCUAUUGCUGCCCUUGCCGAGUUUCUGGGCCGUUCCGAGCGCGUGUCGUCGCGCCAUGGAAAGGAUGGGAGGACGCUGCUGCUCACGGGCGCGGGCAUCUCCGUCGCGUCGGGCCUGGCCGACUACAGAGGGACGAAGGGGACGUAUACGCUGAACAAGACGUACCGGCCCAUCUACUACAAUGAAUUCUGCGAGAACCAUGAGAUGCGCAAGCGAUACUGGGCGAGGAGCUUCUUGGGAUGGACAAACAUGCGUAGGGCGCGGCCGAAUGCGGGACACGAGGCUGUCGCAAAGCUGGGAGAGCUGGGCAUUGUGCGGAGGGUCAUAACGCAGAACGUCGACAGCUUCCACCCAAAAGCGCACCCAUCGCUGCCCACCAUCGAGCUCCAUGGCUACCUCCGCACCCUUACCUGUCUCACUUGCAAGAGCGACUACUCCCGCAACGACUUCCAAGUUGAUCUCGCGCGUCUGAACCCCGCAUGGGCGACGUUUCUGCAGGAGGUGCUCGCCACCGGCGCCCUCGAUACCGAGAACCCAGACGAGCGGCGGAAGCGCGGCUUGAAGUCCAACCCCGACGGCGACGUUGACAUUCCCGGUGCGCCAUACACAACAUUCAGAUACCCCGCAUGCCCCACCUGCCUUCAGAAACGAGAGCACGGCGUUGGUGUGGACACUGAUGGCGGGUGGAAAGAAGGAAGCACGGGAGGCGUGUUGAAGCCCAGUGUGGUAAUGUUCGGCGAGAGCAUCCCACCCGAGAGGAAGAAUGCCGCCGAGCAGGCAGUAAAUGAUGCCGAGAGGAUACUGGUCAUUGGAAGCAGCUUGGCGACAUACUCGGCGUGGCGGCUGGUCAAACAUGCAAAGGAGCUAAAAUUGCCCAUUGGGAUUCUCAACAUAGGCGGAGUGCGUGGUGAAGAUACCUUCUUUGCGGAUGUGCAGGAAGGAGACACCGGAAGGCAGGCGGUAAGGUGCAGUGAGAGCGCAGAUGUGGUGCUGCCGGAGGUAGUCAAGAUGCUGGAGGGCAGUAUGAGGUAGCUCACGCUAUGCUGUUGUACGGAUAUGUAUUGCAUGCAUGUAUAAAAUCAAGUCUUCGGAAGGGCUGAUAGAUUAAAGAACUCCCGACAAGAUUGAAUCAUUGGAUGCUCUAUGUACAGAUUUGGAUGCUUUUUUUUUUCUUUCACAUUUCCCG